UUUCGGCGGUUAAAAUGACUUCUAAAGUCAGAACUCCAAACUUCAGCCGGAGCUUUGCUUCCGCGCAAAACAAUUCCAGUUUGCUUUCCCUCUAUCUACCCGCCUAUCAUCCGUUCUUCCUCCGGCAAACCCUUGCCGACGAAGCCAGUAUGACUUGAAACCCUAACUUUCUCUUCGAUUUGCAAUCCUUCAUAACGUGGUUUUCGUGAGCUACCGUGAACGAUCAAAAUAGCUUGGGAUAUAUUGUGGCCGAGAGCUGGAUGGAAGGCAAGAUGCUCGAUCUUGAUGCCCCUCUUAUCUCCGUUCGGCGAAUCAAGGCUUCCUUAGCUUCGUCGAAGGAUGCCAUGCCGCAGUCGCGGAGAGGGCUCCUUCGCUCAGGCCAUGUGGAGCAUAGUGGAGCCGUGCCAUUUAUCUGGGAGAAAAUGCCUGGCCAUCCCAAGGAAAACUCAGGCGAUGUCGUCGGACCCGUCAUUGGUGGUAGCACUGCAGCCCCGUACAUACCCCCUGAUCGAAUGUUGAUAAAUGCUUCGCGGCCCAAACCCAACGCUGUUGGAACACAGAUGCGGGUUGCGUGUUCGUCAGAUCGCGGCACAGAGAAGCUAAUAACGGAAUGGGUGGGAUUUAAUCCUGCGGAUUAUGGUGGCGAACGCGAUGCUUUUUCAGAUGCCCGGGAUACCCUUUCUUGUAAUGAAUCGUUUUCCUUGAGGAGCGGAUUCACUGGUUUGAGCGCCUGUCCUAGCCUUACGGAUUCCAAUGGUCAGUUCUACAAAGAUCUGCAGAUGGAAGAGUACAUGAUGGGUAGAUUUCUGCCUGCUGCCCAAGCCAUAGUUUCUGGGUCGUCCCAGCGGGGUUGGAAAAAGCCGCCUCGGGCACCUGCUGUUGAUAAAUAUUUUGAAAGAAAGACUCUGCCACAGACACUGCUUCCUCUACACUACAACUACCAUUUUAGUGUUUCCGCCUCGAGUGGCAACGGUCGGAAGGAAGAAGUAGAAGUCGUGGAAGAAAAAGAGAGUGGUGAGAUUAUGAGUCAUGAAAGCACGGGCUAUUUCUCUUCUAGGGCACGUAGAUUGAUUUCAAGUUUCGGUAUGAAGAACCCUCUUUUCCUCUUGAAGUCUGUUCCUCGUAUGAGGGUUCGAGACCUGCCUCCCAAGAAACUCGGCCGUUUUUCUAGCCCUCGCAUUACAAUUUCGAACGAUGAAGGGACCGUUGAGGAUGAUUCAUGGGAGGUUGCGUGCAGACACAGAUUAAUGAAUUUAGAUUAUAUACAAAAAGAUGUUGACAGCAAGUUAACGACUAAAUCCAACCAGCUUACAUGCUGGAUUGAUUCCCAAACGCCGGACAGCUCUUCUUUCCGACAUUCCUCUGUUGAUGACCUGUCAACUAACAAGACUGCGGAUGUAAAAAGCAAAUCAAAGAGUUCAAAAACUGGGAGCUUAGAUUCAGCAAGCCCUGCAACUGUUAGAACUCAUAUAAAUUCUUCACAAUUGCUCGAUACAUCAGACUCAAACUCAAAAGUAGUGAGUAUGACUUCAGGCACCGAAGAAAACACUGAUAGCAGUUAUACACUCUUAUCUGAGUUUCAAAGAAGUGAUGAAAGUGUUGUUUCUCAGACCUCUGGACGAUGUCAACUGCAGUCUAAAUAUUCCAGGUCAACUGAACCAUGCUUUUCAUCUUACUUAAAAACAUUAAACUGUGAAGACAAAAAGGGCAAUGGUUUUAAAAAUAGUCAAAGUAACGAAAUGGAUUUCGACUUCAAAGCGGAUGGUCAGAAGAAGAAUAUUGACAACUCCCUGAUAUUGUCUCUGCUUCCCCCUCCAUUGCCAAAAUCUCCUUCUGAUUCAUGGCUUCAGCGAACAUUGCCUGGUAUAUCAGAAAAAGGUCCAAAUCAAAAGCCAUUUUUGGGGAUUCAGUUUCAUCCAAUUAAACAAGCUUUGAAGGCAUCUAGAGGUGGUCAGAAUCUAGUAAUACCAGAAAAUUCUUCUAAAACGCACCCUUACUAGACAACAUUUGUUGGGGUAAUCUUAAUUAUAUCAAUUUAUUACACCAAAUUUUAUUCUUAUUCCAUGAAAUUUGAUUGUUAAUGUGCCUUAAAGUGCCAAAGUCUGGAUGUUGAAAUCUGAUAUCUAGAUGCCACUGUUCUAUUUCUUGGAAUUAUCUAUACACUUCAGUGCAAUCUGUUGAUCUGAAAAGUUCCAUAAUGGUGAACUUCCUCGAUUGGUAGUCUUAAGAAGGCUUGUGACUGAUGCUGCCUCGUUGCAUACUUACCAUAUUCAAUUGUGUCCUACCUGUGUUAUAUCCCUGUACAGAUGUUUCAAUAAUCCCAUCAACGUCCAGGCAUCAUUAUAAAUGCUCUAUAGCAUACCUGAAGCUCCGCUGCAGAUGAUGCUUGGGAAUCUGCAGGAAGUAAGCUCUAAUGUAACUUUAUAUGCCAUUUUUAGUUAUUGUGCUGUGUUAUAUAUUUAAUUAGCACAUUUGUGGUUAUUUUUUAUAGCUGUGCCACUUCAAUGAAAAGUUCUUUUUGUCCAUAUUCAUAUAUUUAUAAAUCAUUUUUCCUUUUAUCACUAA